AUGAUGAAAAACUUCGUUGUUUUUGAGAAAUUGGGAGAAGGUAAUAUAAAAUUCAAUUUUGGUGUAGGAUCGUUUUCUACGGUGUUGAAAGUUAAAAGACAAUCAGAUCAAUAAGAGUAUGCUAUGAAGAAAGUGAGAAUGGGAUAAUUGAAGGAAAAGGAGAAAGAGAACUCGUUGAAUGAAAUUCGAAUAUUGGCUAGCAUCUAACAUCCAAAUAUUAUAGGCUAUAAGGAAGCAUUUUACGAAGAAUAAUCCUAAUGUUUGUGCAUUGUAAUGGAAUAUGCCGAUUAAGGAGAUUUAUAAUAACAUAUCUAAUAGCACAUUUAACAUAAGCAAUACUUUUAGGAAAUAGAAAUCUGGAAAAUGAUUUAUUAGGUUUUAUAAGCCUUGCGAACGUUACAUCAUAUGAAGAUUCUACAUCGAGAUUUAAAGUCAGCAAAUGUAUUUCUACACCAAAGCAAUUACAAACUUGGAGAUAUGAAUGUUUCUAAAGUUGCCAAAAAGGAUUUAGUAUAUACUCAAACAGGAACUCCCUAUUAUGCCAGUCCUGAAGUCUGGAGAGAUUAGCCUUAUGAUGCAAAAAGUGAUAUCUGGAGUUUGGGUUGUGUGGCAUAUGAGAUGGCUGCACUUAAGCCUCCCUUCAGAGCUCAAAAUAUGGAAGGGUUGUAUAAGAAAGUGCAAAGAGGAUUGUUUGAACGAAUUCCGUCUAAAUUUAGUGGGGAAUUGAUGAACAUUAUUGGAUUAUGCUUAUAAGUGCAAAGCAAAUCAAGGCCUUCUUGUGCUUAGUUGCUAAGCAAUCCAAUUCUUUUAAGAAAUGCUAGACAAUAUAUUACUGAAAGUAGAAUUUCUUAAUAAACUUAAUCAUCCUAGGCUGGUUCCAAUGUGCUUCUAUAGACCAUUAAAUUGCCUAAGAAUUUGAAACAUCUCAAAGAGAAACUCCCUAAAUCCAAAUAUCUAAUUGAGAGUGCCAAUAAAUCAUAUGAUGAAUAUUAAGUGAAUAGUUCCUUGCUGCCUAAGAUCAAUAAUCCAAAAGAAAUAAGACCGCAUUGUUCUGUUCCACCGUUAAAGAGUGAUAGAUAUCAAUAAUAAUAACAGGGACAAAUCAAUUCAUUACAUGAGGAUAGAUCGAAAUCAAUUGCCAAUUCAGUCCAAAUGCUUGAGAUGGAAAGAAUCAGACAAAAGAAAUUACUAGAGAAAUAGCAGAAUUUAAAGAUUAGUGUAAUUCACUAGAAUGCCAUACCUUACAUCAAUAGUUCUUCUUCUCAAAUCCAAAAUCUGUAUGUAAAUAAAGCACCUAAUCAUGAACAAGUUCAAUAGAAGCAAUACUCAGAAGCACCUAAACCCAUUUGGUGGGGAUGA